AUGGGGCGAAAUGCACAGAAUGUGCAGAUGGUCAAUGCCGCAGUUACCCCGAAGUGGUACGGCGCCUACGGCCGCCAUCUUCGGGGCGCCUCAUGCAAGGCGCUCUUUGAGGAGACCAGCGUGUGCAUGCAGCACCUGGCCACCCUCCAGAAGCUUGGUGAGCAGCUGCACGUCAUGCUGGGUCAGGUCAUGGCCAGCGUCGGGCAGCGAUGCCAUCAGGGAUCCUGGGAUCGGACCGAAGAGGAUAUCCAGACUUUGUCUACCGUCUGCCAGUGGGCCAAGCAGCAGAGACAGCGACAGCUGGAAGGACUCUCAGCGCUGUGGAAGGUGCUUUAUGGGAGCUGGAGGCCCGAGAAGGUGGACAUGCCUCUGCCGGCCCCACAGGAGGUGUUUGUUUCGAAGGACGCCCUGGAGAUGGUCCUCCAGCUGUUGCAGCAAACUCUAGGAUUCCUCUCUGGGCAAAGUGCACCGGCAGAGCUGGCGGCUGUGGAUGGCCAGCAGGAAGGUCUUGCUGGCACCGGGCUUGGGGAGCUCUCCAGCGCGGAGGAACCUCCAAGAGUGUCGGAUUUCGAGAAGCAGCAGCAGGAGUUUGAGCACCAAAGGCAACAACUCCAGCAGGAGCUCGCAACGAUUCUGCAGCAGCGCGAGGCGUUCGGGCAGAGAACCUGUGGAGUGGACCUUCUCCGAGAGCUGGAGCGUGCCAGCGCGGAGCCUCAGAGCGCGGAGUGUUUGGAGCUGCAGGAGCGCUUGCAGCAUGAGCUGCGGGUCUCCCAACAGCAGCAGCUUUGCCAGCAGAUGCUCCAGCAGCUCGAGCUGGAGGUGGAGCUGCAGAAGCAAGAGCAAGAAGACGUCCCCGAGCUCAAGGGCCGCCUCGAACUCGCCGUGGAGUGGUUGGAGCAGCUCUCGCAGGAGCAGUUCGCAGAUCCCACGGACGACCUCGAGCAGCGGAAGAUGCUGUGGACGUACUUGCAGGCAGAGCUCGAUCGCCCGCAGGCCCAACAGGUCCAGAGUGACGCGCGUCCGGACAAGGGCAAAGGUCGAUACAAAGGAGGCAAGCCCGAGCGGCUGAAUGUCUUCUGGUCCCACUCAGGUCGGGGAGCCGAGAAAGCCCCGCUUCUGCAGCCCCCGCAGCAAAGCGAAGCUUCGCCUGCGCACGCGGACUCGCAGCACUUGGGGGGUCAAAGCCCUGCAAGGCCCGGCCAUCAGCCGGAGGAGUCGCAGCCCAGCAAGGAGCACGUCGAAGGCGUUCCAGUCGUUCAACCCAACCUCGAAGUCCAUCUUCCUGGAAGACUUCCCAAACGCGUGCGUGGUUCUGUUGCGCAAGCUCUUCGGGCCACUAACCCGAAGCCCGAGGCCUGCGAAGAGGCCCUGCAGCCAGCCGCCGAUGCGCCUGCGCAGCCGGCUGAGCGGAGCCCAGGCCUUGAGAAGGAAGCCGAGAGGACGCCUCCUGAGGAGAAGCAGGAGGAGGAGGCUGAGAAGGCGGCUCCGGAGGUCGCAGAGGACGCCAAGGGCGAGACCGCGGAGUCUGCGGUCGCGGCGGGCUCUGAGCCGAUCGCGCUCUCAGGCAUCUGGCAAGGAGAAAUGGGCACCGCCCUCACGGCCGUGUUGUUUCCAGAGGCACCGGCAGAGAGCCCACCCGAAGAGCCCCGUGGGGUCUGGAAGAAUGCGACCUGGUGGAAGGCCCACAUCAAGCCGACCGCGCCUGUCAAGUCACAGCCGGAGGAGGCCCAUGCCGGCUCUGCUGCCAGCAGAGAUGUGCCUGGUGCAACUGUUCCGUCUGGACCAGAAGCGAACGACGUCAAGGAUGGACUAUGCCAGGUGGGAUCCGCAACAUCCGUUGCUCCUGCGGAGAAGCCUCCUGCGCCCGACGAGCGGCAUGCGGACAAAGUGCCCAACAAGCCAGGCAACGAGGAGAAGAUGCCCGAAAUCCGAAUUGGGGCGGAAGCAUAUGCAGAGGCACCUGGGUUUCGGGUGGCUCUCAGAAAAGGUCUGGACCUGGAAACCCUGCGCUUGCCAAAGCUGCCAUGGUCUGCGAAGCUGCCCCGAUCUCUCUUGGGCCAGGGCCGCCCCAUGGACUCGCAGGCUGAAGGUGUCCCGGAUGCUUCGGACGAGGUGCCUGUCCGCCCCGAUGGCAGCGUGCGCUUGCGCAUCUUUGAUGGUGCGGAGGAGAGCCAGCUGGCAGUGGAGCUGCCCUGCACCAUCUUUGGCUCCUCACUCCGGUCUGCCCAUGUGGCAGACGGAACGCAUAGCUCCGUGAAGACGGAGCAUGCCGCGCUGAUCUUCGUGCCUCCCCAGUCCUACCUCCUGCAGCCGCUCAAUGGCGAGGUCACUGUCAGCUGUGCCUCAGACCAUGCCUGCGUUGCCGCGACCCUACUGAAGGAGCGGCGAUCGGCGCCUCAGAGGGCGGCCUCGAAGCUUCUCUCGGUUGGCAGCGCCCCGGAAGAGAUUACGAGGCAGCAUUGCUGCUUCCAGCUGGGAAAGUCCGAGCUGGUCUGGUUCCUGGACCUGCUGCCUUCAGCGGCCAGUGUGCGGGCCCUGGGCACUGCGAGACACCUACUGCAGGCUUUCGUCGAUGGCAAGACGUCUGCCGAGGUGGCGAAGCGCCGCCGCGUGAAUCAGUUGGACCUGCCCAAGGACAAAGUGGCCAAGUUGGUACCAACAAGUGAGGUGGAGCGCGCACCUCCUGAGCCCGCUCCACCGGUCCGGUCGGCACCGCUGCAGCCACCACCGCGAGAAUCCUUGCCGCUGGCAUUCCGAAGUUUCGACGCAUUGCGCAGAUCUCCAAGUAUCUGGCGCCACGACAGGGUUCAGAAAUCUCAGAGUAGACGGUCACCCCGACCUCGGCAGCGGGAGCCGAGCUCAGAGAGCUUGCCAAAGAGGCCGGAGCCUGCCAAGAAGAGGGAGCGCAAGAAGAAGGUCUGCAAGAUGUCUUCCACGUCCUCUUCCGGGAGGCGGCGAAGGAAGGCCAAGUUUACGAGGGCAAAGCAGAAGCCAGGCAAAGGGAGCAAAGCCAAGUCUGGACCGAAGAAGAAGGAGCCCUCUGAGUCAGAGGCUCAAGAGGCAAAGAGAGACCGGGGCAAGAAGUCGCGAGGAGGUCGACAGAGAAAGCGGGUGAAGCAAAGGCGCAAGCGAGUUCGUCGAAAGGCCCCGGCGAGUUCUGAAAGCGAGAAGGUUGAGGAGGAGGCCGAAGCCGAGGAGGAGGUCGAGGCCCCCGAGGCUGAGGAGAGCGACCCGGAAGAGGAGGAGGAGGCUGCCGACAUCCACGAAGAUGCAGAGUGCUCCGAUGCCGUGGAGGAGCCGGAAGAUCCUGAUGUAGAGGCAGAAGACGACAAUUUGCAGAAUGCGAUAGAGGAAGCACAGGAGGAAGCGCAGGAGGAGGAGGAGGAGGAGGGAGAAGAAGAGGAAAACGAAAUCGACGAACCUGUAGAGGACGACGUGGAAAUGGUCUUAUCUCUGUCCAUGCAGCAGACAGCAGAGAAGGCCAAGCGCAGCAAGAAGAAAAGCCUGCGUUUCCACGUGGCACCACUGGUGGUAAUCGACUGA